GCAGUUCAUCUAGCGGACGUCGUACAAUGAGUAAAUUAAAGUAAACAAAGCUGUAAAAUUAAUAGAAAUUUUUUAUUCACCUACUAUUCCGUUCUUUACCGUUUUCUCGCUUAGAUUAGAAAACAGUGGCUCUUCAUUCAACGGUCAUAAUCGAAAUGCUGAGAAUUGCGAGAUUAAUACCAAAGACUCAAUUAAGAAGUUUGCACACUUCUGCAUCCUUAAGGGAUAUCGUUAAAGUUCCACAAAUGGCAGAGUCCAUUACAGAAGGUACUUUAAAGCAAUGGAAUAAAAAGUUAGGAGAAUUCGUCAACCAAGACGAAGAAGUCGCUACGAUUGAAACUGACAAGAUUGACGUUUCCGUAAAUGCACCACAAUCAGGUAAAAUUACUGAGUUAUUCGCAUCUGAAGAGGAUACCGUUGAAGUUGGCGCUGAUUUGUUCAACUUGGAAGCAGGUGAAGCACCUGCCGAGGAAUCGAAACCUGCUCCCGCACAAGAACCGAAAUCAGAGGCACCAAAAUCAGAGGAGAAGCCAAAGGAAGAGGUCCAACAAGCUUCUAAACCUGCCCCUGCUCCUACCCCUGAACCAAAGAAGGAAUCUAAGCCUGCUCAGUCAAGUCAGCCCCAAGAUCAGGCACCAAAAACUAAGGGUUCACGUAAUGAGACUCGCGUAAAAAUGAACAGAAUGCGUUUAAGAAUCGCUGAGAGACUUAAACAAUCUCAAAACACUGCAGCUUCAUUAACUACCUUCCAAGAUUGCGAUAUGUCAAACUUGAUCGAAUUUAGAAAUAGAUAUAAGGAUAGAAUUAUGAAAGAAACAGGCACUAAAUUAGGUUUCUUGUCAGCAUUCGCAAAGGCUGCAUGUAUCGCAUUGAAAGAGAUCCCAGCUGCUAAUGCUUCCAUUGAAGGUGACGAAAUCGUCUACCGCGAUUAUUGUGAUAUUUCAAUCGCUGUUGCAACUCCAAAAGGUUUAGUUACACCAGUUAUCAGAAACGUUGAAUCUAUGAACUUUGUUGAAAUUGAACAAGCAAUCGCGGAGGCCGGUAAAAAGGCUAGAGAUUCUCAAACGGUGGUGUCUUUGGUAGUCACUUCGGUACACCAAUUAUCAACCUUCCACAAUCUGCAGUUUUAGGUAUGCACGCUAUACUUGAAAAGCCAGUCGCUAGAAACGGACAAGUCGUCAUUCGUCCAAUCAACACACUUGGUUUAACUUAUGAUCACAGAAUACUUGAUGGACGUGAAGCUGUGACAUUCCUCAAAAGAAUUAGAGAAGUUGUUGAAGAUGUUGCACAAAUUAACCUUUACGACUACUCUUAAAAAAUUGAUAAAAUUGAGGUAACACUUACUCAAUAAUUUCGCUAAUAAAUGAAUUAAAUUUCUUUCUUAAAUCAUAUAUGAAUGAAAAAAGGAAAA